UCUACUGCGACUGUCACAACUCACAUUUUUUAAAUUCUCAUUUAAACAGCAAAGGACCGAAUUAUAGAAGACACAAACAACAAUUUUACGUAAAUUAUACGCUUUUAAGUACAAAUUACAAACUAUUUCUUUUAAGAAACGCUGCUACUAACCAUUUUGUCCCAAAAUUGAUGGAUCAAUACCGAGCAACCAGCUGUGCUAAACAGCUGUUUUCGUAAACACUAGAGUAAACAUAAGAAGACAUAAGUUGUGCAGUUGUGUGAUACUGCUAUUUAUUUACGCUUAAUAUUCUGUCGUUGUUUUACAUAUUAAUUUUGUCAAACACUACAAAAAUGAUUUUAAAAUUUGGACAACAGCUGGGAAAAGUUUAUAGUGUAGUUUCAGUGAUUGGGACUGCACAUAAAAACAAAUUGAGGUAUAUUGCUGCCGCUAUGUUUGGUACUGGUUUUUUAUUAUAUGAAACCUCAAAACAUAAGGUAGAAAUGUCAAGUUCAAAAAUUAACAUAUCAGAUUUCAUGGCAGCACCUAUUACUGAUGUAGCCACUUUAGAAAAAAAUAGUUCUGAUAUGAAAGCCAGGAUGGAACUCCUCAUCAUGAAAAUUCAAGCUGACUUCUGUCGGGCCCUGGAAGCUCAGGAGGACGGAGAGGCUAAGUUCCUGGUGGAUCGCUGGGAGAGGCCGGAAGGUGGAGGGGGAAUCACCUGUGUCCUGCAGGACGGACGAGUGCUAGAGAAAGCCGGAGUAAACAUCUCGGUUGUGUCUGGAACACUGCCAGCUGCUGCGGUAGCUCAAAUGAGGGCUAGAGGCAAGAAGUUCAAGGAGGGGGAGAAGCUUCCGUUUUUUGCGGCUGGAGUGAGCUCUGUUAUCCAUCCUCGCAACCCGAUGAUCCCUACUGUACACUUCAACUAUCGCUACUUUGAGGUCCAAGAAUCCGACAAUACUGUGCAGUGGUGGUUUGGAGGAGGAACAGACUUGACUCCGUAUUAUCUAAAUGAAGAAGACGCCAAGCACUUCCACGGGGAGUUGAAGAAGGCUUGUGAUAGGCACGACAAAAGUUAUUACGCCCGAUUCAAAAAGUGGUGUGACGAUUACUUCAAUAUAACACACAGAGGGGAAAGGCGAGGGGUAGGAGGAAUAUUCUUUGACGAUUUGGACUCGCCUUCACAAGAAAAAGCAUUUCAAUUUGUGAAAUCAUGUGCUGAAGCUGUCACACCUUCGUAUCUACCUUUGGUGAAGAAGCACAAGAACGAUGGAUACGGUUACGCGGAGCGCCAGUGGCAGUUGUUGCGCCGUGGACGCUACGUCGAGUUCAACCUCAUCUACGACCGAGGCACCAAGUUCGGCCUCUACACUCCGGGCGCCAGAUACGAGAGCAUCCUCAUGUCUUUACCACUUAAUGCUAAAUGGGAGUACAUGCACAUCCCUGACCCAAACAGCAAAGAGGGUAAGUUAGUUGAAGUACUGAAGAACCCACGAGACUGGUUGGGUAUCGGAGAAUCUACAAGAUCAGCUGGUUAAGCUUGAGAUCAACAUGCCAUCUGAUUUAGAGCAAUUGGUUAAGAUGAAAACUGUACAGUAUGAUACAAAUUUUAUUCUUGUUUUCAGACCUUUACAGAUUAUUUACUUCCGGGGCCGAGAUUUAUUUUUAAGUGCCCAAACAUGUGCAUACAUUAGCAAUAUAUUUGCAAACUCAAUGCAUCUUUGUUUUUAUCAUAAAUAUUAACCCUCCUGGUGUCAGUUAUUUUGUGUGUCGUGUCGGUCGAUUUUUGGGCAAGAUCAUGGGAAGUGUAGCUGUUUUACGUAUGACGUCACCACCUCCCUCCCCCUCUUCUACCAACCACAGAUCUCGACCAUAACUAUUUUUCCCAGCCUUACGGUCAGCAUCAGUAAUGUUAAGUAUUAUCUUUUAACCCAUUGGUGGAUGACAAUCUCAUUGCCAUUUCCAACAUUAGCUGCUUAACACACCAGAGCGUUUCACUGAUGAUGCAUCUAUAUCGAUGACACUGGGAGGGUUAAGGGUCAACAUUGUAGGCUGUAUUACAUUACAGUAUAUGAUUUUAACAUAUCAUAGUGGUGAUUUACUAUCAAUAAAACAGAGAUUAACAAACAAUAUUGCUAAAAAAAAGUAAACACUCUUCAUUCAUUUUUUAUAUUAGUUCAUAAGUAUUCAAAAGUGACAAACAUUUCCAAUAUUUAACACAUAAGACUGUGCCUUUUUAGACUAGAUAAGUGGUUGAAUUCCUUGAAGACAUUGUACAAAAUUGUAACAAAGGAUACAUGAUGUUACAUCAUAUAGUUUAAUUGUUUAAAAGUAUCAUAAGUAUCAUAUUAAAAUAUCAUAAGUAUGUAUCAUAUAGAUUAAAGCAUUUUACUGUCAA